AUGGUUCACACUACCGACAUCAUCCUCUACGUCCUCGCCAUCUUCUGGCCACCCAUUCCCGUAGCCAUCAAGAAGGGAUGCCACACCGAAGUGAUCAUCAGUGUGAUUCUCUGGCUUCUCUUCUGGAUCCCAGGUGUCGUGUAUGCAGCUUACAUCAUUCACAGCAACCCUGAGGAAGAGUCAUCGCGCAACAAUAGGCGUGAGAAGAACAGGUACUCCAGCAGGUACUAG